AUGGAGAUUUCAGGAUUGAGUAAGUUUGAGAAGAUUGGACAGUAUUUGCUUGGUGACGAUGCGAUUUCUGCCUGCACUCUCCUUCAACAUCUCCAUCAAUCCACUGAUUUCGUUGAAGCGAGUAAGGAAAAUGGUAUCUUAGUACAGAAGGCCGAGAACGCUUCAGAUGAAAACUGGACUGCAAAUAAUAAUUUGCAGAAUGAUAAACGUUCAGAGAUGAGAAAUGAAUGCGGAAAGAAAGGGAACAAGCUAUACAGAGGAGUGAGGCAACGACGAUGGGGGAAGUUUGCAGCAGAAAUAAGAGACCCAGCAAAAGGGCGGCGCAUUUGGCUGGGCACCUUCCCCACUGCAGAAGCUGCUGCUGUAGCGUAUGAUCGUGCAGCCUUCAAAAUACGUGGAGCCAAAGCUUUGCUCAACUUUCCCCACAGCAUUAAUUCCUAG